AUGACUUGCCGAAGAUCAUUCAAACCAUGUUAUGACCCUGCUAAAUUUGAAUAUGAGAUAUCUGAUUUCCAAGACUGGUCAGUCCGACCACUUGAGUCUUGUUCACUUGAGCUGAAAGUAGCAUUCAAAAACGAGAAGCGUCUGAGACGCAAGAAAAAUCUUGAGACUCCAGAAACUCUUGCUUUCGACACCCUCAGAUCACGGUAUUACGAUGACCCAAUGUCUCUCUCAUUGGCAGAGGUAGCAUAUGUAAAAGCAUGGGAUCCGUGUUCGCAUUGGACAAAUCUUGUCACUACCCCGCGAUUCUAUCAACCGGGGCUUGGAAUUUGCUUAAGAUGCCCUUCUUGCGGCAAGAAUGGUGUGAGAGUUGGAUCGAACUUUCGAGCACCGCCCAGAAAAGAUGAGAAAGCGUGGCGACUGAUUGGCAAGAUGAUUGCUACUGGGGAAGAUAUGGGCGCUGUGUUUUCAUCAUCCCCAACGAUCGAGGAGCAUAAAGAAAUGGCUGUGGAAGCCCUGCGAAUAAGAUCUCAAGAGAAUUAUAGUAAAGCGAUGGAAUGGGAGGCAGAAGAGCGGAAACGGAUAGCGAACACGACGAUAUGA